AUGUUCAUCAUGGCCUUUCUCGCCAUCGUAUUCAUCCUGAUGCAGUACUGGCCUUCACCUUCAUCAAAUCAGGAUUUUAUGGGCUUGGACGACUUGGCAACAACACCACCACUAUACGAACAACUGGAUGAUAAGAGUCUUGAUGCAGAACUGCUGUCGCUGAAGGGAAUCUCGAAUCCAGCGGCUGGUGGAAGCGGAAAGACGUAUAAUGGUGCAGUGUCAACUAAAAAGAGGCGAUAUGCUGUGAUUAUAGAUGCGGGUAGCUCUGGAUCUCGAGUGCUAGUUUAUUCGUGGAAGGCGGGGGCCGGUGGUUCUGGAGUGCUGGAAACGGGGUUGAGUGAGAUCGAGCCGGGAGCUGUAGAUGGUCAUGAGUGGUUUUUAAAGGAGGAGCCUGGCGAGUUUUUUGGCUUAUCAUCGCUCGCCAGCCAUGCGUCGGGUGCAAGCACACAUCUACGCCCACUACUAGACUUUGCUUCGAAACUCGUGCCCCAAGACCAGCAAUCGGAGACACCUAUAUAUCUGUUUGCAACAGCGGGCAUGAGACUGGUAGCCCCGGAAAAGCAAACCGCCAUCCUAGACGCCGCAUGCACAUUCAUCAAAGCCGAGUACACAUUCUCAGUCGCUGGAGGAUGUAACCGUCACGUACGAGUCAUAUCUGGUGAAUUGGAAGGCAUCCUCGGCUGGAUUGCUGUGAAUAGACUAUUAGGUGGAUUUGAUGCCAAACAUGAUGCCACUCUUAAAAAGAAUCAUCCAACUACAUUUGGAUUCUUGGAUAUGGGAGGUGCAAGUGCUCAAAUAGCGUUUGAACCUACUGUAGCUAUGGCCGAUCGUCACUCUGAUGAUUUGACGGAUGUCAAGCUACGGUUACAGGAUGGGAGUGAGCGUCUUCAUAGAGUUUCUGUUACGACGUUUCUAGGAUUUGGAGUGAAUGAAGCUAGAAGGCGGUUUGUUGAUCAUUUGAUACAGACGACAAGCCCGCGUAGAUUUAUUGCAAGGUCUGAAUAUGAGUUAGGUGAUGCUGUCAGUGUUGAGACGGAAGGUGCUGAUAAUGAUAAUGAGGAUACUGUCGUCGUUAAUAGAAGGAGACCAACGCCCACAUCUCCUGACUUGUCUCCGAGUAAUACCACCAGUGACGAUGGUGAAGAAAUAGCGGAACUGCCUGUAACAUCCCCGUCAACAACCACUUCCAUACUAAAAGACCACACCACAGAUGUCUUGAAACUCAACCCAGAUUCUAAAAACUCUCCAUCUACUAUGAUAUCGCCCUCGGCCUCAUCAAGUAUUGCUAAAUCAACACCAACAAUUCCAUCCACAACUGAACUGACACAUAUCAAAGAUCCCUGUCUGCCACCUGGUUACAAUAUACCUAUAUCCGAUACUCUUAUAGUAGGAAGCGGUAAUCUGGACGAAUGUAUGGCUAUGCAGAAGGUAUUGUUAAAUAAAACUGCUCCGUGUAUUGAGGAUCCUUGUCUGUUUAACGGAGCUCAUGCCCCGUUGUCGCCAUUCGAGCAUGGGAAGGAGUGGGAGCAUCGGUUUCUGGGGGUUGCAGAGUAUUGGUAUACUGGUUCUGAGAUGGUGCCAGACAUGGCAGAAUACAGUCACCGAGACUUCUAUACAGCAGCUGAAACAGCAUGCUCAACCCCUAUCACGAACACUACAGCACAAAGACGAGCAUUACAAUGCUUUAGAUCAGCAUGGGUCUUGUCUGUCUUGCACGAUGGCUUUGGAGUCCCGCCCUCACACAUACAACAGAAUGCGGAUAAAGCCAACGCAUUCAAACCCAUAAACGAAGUUGGUCGAUUCCAAGCUAGCUGGACACUUGGAGUUGCAGUGUUGAUUGCUAGUGCUGGUAUUCCCGCACGCACUAGUACAGGCAGGUCGGCCGUGUGGGUGUCGUCUAGUUUAGUGAUGUUGGUGGGACUUGCAGGUGUUGGUGGCAUUGUGUACUAUGUCGUUGUUAGAAGGUAUCGUGGCUCGAUACUCAAGCGGCCGUUGAUGAAGGAACGCGAUUCCUUUUCGGGAGAAAUAAACGUAUAA